UAUACUAUAACUUUUAACUAUACAUUAAAUUAAUCUAUACACCUGUUAUAUGUGCGCGAGGCUGAAGUUGUGCUUUCAGGAUUAGCCUGUUAGCUUCCGGUGUGAAAUUGUGGAUUUAAAACAUAAUGGACGAUCAGUCCGGUUUUGUAAAUUUGGACAAUCUUUUGCUACAUUUAGCUUUAGAGACUCGAGAAUUAGCCCAGAAGAAAAGUGGACUUACACAACAAAUUCAAAUUUGUAAAGCAGACAUACAAGAAAAGAAGAAAUGUAUUGAAGAAACUCAGAAGACUAUAAAGAAACUAGAGGAGGACAUUCAGCAAAAACAAAACACAUUCAAAUGCUACAAAGAAAAUGUUAAAAGUCUUUGUGGAACAAGAGAUGUUCUGCUUCAAUACGAGAAGAUGCUGGAAGCUGAGCUUGAAAGAAGGCAGGAAAGCUAUAAUCAAGACAUGAAGAUGUUUCAGGAAAGAAUGGAAAACUACUGGAAAAUAUAUCAGCAGCAUAAAGAGGAGUAUUUGCAGAAUCCUCUAGCCACAAAGCUCCUAAAGAUUCAGGCUGAAAAUGAGGAAAUUGAAAGAAGAAUCCGAGCCAAAGAUGAAGAAAUAAUAGCAAAAGAGAAUGAGUUGAAAGCUCUGCAAGAGGACAAUGUCACAUGUGACAGUGUUCAGAAACAUGUUGAACAACAAGCACCGCCGUCUGAGAGUGACACCCAGCUCGAAGGUGUUCUAGUAUCUCCUCAAGAUCCUCAAGCACAGGGUCCCAAAACCGAGCAAAAGGAUGUUCAAAUUGAGAUGGAUGAGAUAGCUUUGGAGAACAAUCAGGCCCAAGCAGAUGGUGGUGAUGAGUCAAAUUCAUCUGAAGUGGGUGUAAUUGGUAGCACCAUAUGGGCAGUCUCAGAAAUAAGAGGUGAAGGAGCGGACCAGAACGAAAAAGAACACACAGAUGAAGUGGACAUGAAUCUGAACACCUCCUGUGUGUCAGACACACUGGAGGACAUGAUGCAGGCUGAGGAGCAGCAGGAAAGUGCAGAAGCUACUGUGGAGGAGGGCGGUAACAAGGGACCAGUAUGUCCGCCAUCAUCCCCCAUCCACAUGAGAGCGCUGGAUACGCCAACAUUCGGUCUAAACAGUCCCAAUACAUCUCAGGGUCACCAGAAUGGUGGAGAAACACCAACAUUCCUUUUCUCCAUGAACUCUGGACCAAACACUCCUACAUUCACUGGCUUUGACCUUGACGUGGGGCCGAGCCAACACGAGGAGUCACCUUUCACAUUCUCCAGCUCUUAUUUCAACAAGAAAACACCUGAAACAAAGCUUCCAGGAUUUCUGUUUGAUGACUCAGAGAGUCAUACAGAGGAAGAAUUUGCUUUUUCUUUCAGCUCUAAGAGCCCUCAUCCCAAAGAGUCAGUAGGGACUGGAGACACUUUCCCUUUCUCCUUUAGCUUUGAAAAUCUUUAACCUUUAUUUAUUUAUGUAUUU